AUGACCCAACCGCCGGCCCAACCGCAUCUUACACCACAAUUCUGCUUCUCGACAGGAGCUCUGAGAGAUUUUCUACGACUUUCUCGCGCGACCGUCGACGACUCGAUCACCCAGAAUCUCAACGCCCUGGUGACACCCGCGCGAGCCGGUUUCGACCCUUCGUCGACCUCACAGCGAACACCGCGUUCCUUUCCUCGACAGAUAGAUCCGCAAGCAUGUCAAAACUUCAAGGACCAGGUGCUCUUCCCGACAUGGCAUGCGCGAGCUGAAGUUUUGCACUACUGCGGAGUAGUUGCCACGAGCCCGGACCCCGACGAUCCGGAGGCCCUGGUUCAGCAGAUUGAGGCGGCGAAAGACAAGGAGCGAGUUGUCGACGAACGGUUGGAUCCAUAUUCUGGAAGAUUCUUCCCUCGAGAGCCUCGGACGGAGCAGCUCGCGAUGCUUAUCCGGCAAGAGAAGGGGGUGGAGAACAUUGUGCGAACGAGAACGUGGGAUAUGGUGAAGCAAAGAUGCGGCGAGUCGGUCAACACGUGGGAGCAGGCUCUCGCAGGUUGGCGAUCAAGAGCUGCCGCCAAAAGCGAUGGCCGAUGA